ACCACAGGCGUGUUGAUGGGGAAAAAAUGAAGUGUGUUACGAUCAGCAGGCAAAGCAGAAAAUUUUAGUGAUUAAAAAGUUAUUCAAUUAAAAACUGGAUGAAAAAAUCGCGCAAAUAUAUAAUUGAUAAAUAACUGUUGUAGAUGAAAGAUCCCAGCAAUUAUAUAAUAACACAAGAAAAAUACCGAGAAAGUAAAAAAGUAGAUCUCAAGGCGAAGCCAGUGGAUUGCUCCCCCUUGCUUGUGAUAAGAUCUGUGCAUGAUUGCUAAGCGCUUGAGAAAAUCACCGAAACUUGUCAAAAAUCGUCGGAAAGUGCAAUCUUAACUCUAACAAAGGCUAUAAUUAAGUCACCGCAUUACGGUGUAGUAAUAACAAACGUCGAAGUAUUAGCAGCAACACGAAUGACAGAAAAAUUGAAAUUAAGUAAAAAUGUAAACUAGAAGUAGCGCUCUGCAUGCGUACGUGGAGCUCAUAAUUGUAAAAGAAAAGAAUAAUAAGUGAUUAAUAUAAAUAUUUAGCAACCGAGAUCCAAACAACCGUGAGUGCAUUUCUAGUCCAGCUAUUGAAUUAAAUAUACAACGAAAAAGCGGACGCCUUGUCCCAACGCCAUUGCAGCAAAGUGCAGACCAAUAUAGCAUAUAUGCGAUGGAAAUACAAAUACAUCAACACUUCUCAACUGAUGAUAGCAAUAACAACAAUAACAUUAAUAAUAACAACAAAAAAAGUAACUUAGAACAAACCCUAGUUGCAGCAACAACACAUUCUGUGACAGCCAAUAAUAGCAUUUUAAUGCCACCUUUAGAUACUAAAUUGUUGGCCAACAAACAGGGAUUACACGCCAAUAACGAGGCUAAUAAUAUCAAUAUGGAUGUGGACACCGCUGACGGUGAAGUGUCAGUACUGCUGGCUAACAAGAAUUUUCACUAUGACGCACUCUCCAACCCAGAUCAGUCAUUUGAAGCCGAUGUCAACGUCGACGGCAAUGGCGGCGCCAAAUUUGUUGCCGGCGAUGAGGCAAAACAACUGCUCAGUGAGCAAACACAUGCACAAGUGACAUGGCUAGAUAGUGAACAAAUUGAUGCGCUGGACUUAACAACAUUGGACAUUGGCAAUAUGUUCUUUAAUCGCGUCGAUAGUGCGGAGAUAAUUUAUCAAAAGAAAAAGAAGGAAAUCAAAAUGGUUGGGAAAUAUGUAAUGGGUGAUGUGCUGGGCGAGGGCUCAUAUGGCAAAGUGAAAGAGGUGCUCGAUUCGGAAAAUCUCUGCCGGCGUGCAGUAAAGAUACUAACAAAACGAAAACUGCGACGCAUUCCGAAUGGAGAACAGAAUGUUCAGCGUGAAAUACAACUAUUAAAACACCUACAGCACAAAAAUGUGGUGGCGCUUUUGGAUGUUUUGUACAAUGAGGAGAAGCAAAAGAUGUACAUGAUUAUGGAAUACUGCGUAGGCGGGCUCCAGGAACUUGUGGAUAGCGCACCCGAGAAAAAACUACCUCUAUUCCAGGCACAUCGCUACUUUUGCCAAUUAAUUAGUGGCCUGGAGUAUCUUCAUGGUUGUCGGAUAAUACAUAAAGAUAUUAAACCUGGAAAUCUAUUGCUUUCACUAGAUCAAAUAUUAAAAAUUUCCGAUUUCGGCGUCGCUGAGCAAUUAGAUUUAUUUGCUGCAGACGAUACAUGCACCACCGGGCAGGGAUCACCUGCAUUUCAACCGCCUGAAAUUGCCAACGGUCAUGAGUCAUUCUCAGGCACCAAAGUGGAUAUUUGGAGCUGCGGUGUAACGCUCUAUAACAUAUGUACAGGCCAGUAUCCAUUCGAAGGUGAUAAUAUUUAUAGGCUAUUUGAGAAUAUCGGGCGUGGGCAAUGGCAGGCACCAGAUUGGCUAUACAAAUUAGACGCACAAUUAGCGGGUCUCAUAUUGGGUAUGCUACAAGCUGAACCAGCCAAGCGAUACUCUAUACAACAAAUACGCUGUGAUCCCUGGUUCAUUUCGGCACCGGAAGAGAAGGGCCCACCAAUACCCAUACCGCCACUAAAACACGAUGUUUAUCGCCGUUCCACGGUACUGCCUUAUUUAGAUGCUUACCACUAUGAAACUGAGCGUGAUUUGGAAGAGGUCUACUUUACCGAACACGAUCUCAAUCGUGAACUUGCACGUCAGGCAGCCGCUGCCGCUGCCGAAAUUAAAGCACAACAGCAACAAAAACAAUUGGCGGCUGCAAAUGCAACAGGGCCUUCAACAAGCGCGGACGCGUCUACUUCCAACAGCAUUAGCAAGGAGAAAAAAUCCUCCUCACUCAAAAGACGCGCCAAAAAAUUAACAUCUUGUAUAUCUGUAAAGAAGCUCUCCAAUUGUCGACCAUCGUAAUAAGCCGUUAUGUAUCUGUGCGCACAAGCGCAAUGCAAGUAGUCAUUGGAAAUGAAAAAAAAAAACAAAAAAUAACAUAGUUUUAAUAUUAUGUAAACAAAAUUAAGAAUUUUCAACUCUGAACAUUUCAUUAGUUGUUGAAUGUCAAGUCAGUUAGCCUUACAUACAUAUGUAUAUGGUGCAGCUUGCAGUGCUGCGGAGAAUAAUUAAAAACUUCUCGCGCUGCCAAAAUGCAAGUCAUAAUUAAUUAUUCACAUCUUAAUUAUUGGAACAUAGGAACUACUACUUAUCUUCAAUGGAGUAUUUCUUUAUUAAUUUGUUUUGCUUUGCGUUGUUUUUCGUAGUAUUUAUUAAAAUGAAAAUUAAUUUUCGGUAAAUCUGUA